AUGAGUAAAAGAAUAAAGAACGUGAGCAUAUCUGUUCCCAUACUAUACGGGAACCACUCUGUGCGGCUAGAACCGGAAGAAAGAACCGAGCGAACCCCGGCAGACCAUACACAUAAAUGGACAGUAUUCUUUAAGCCAGUAUUGGAUAACAUUGAUUUGACACCAUUGAUUAAACGUGUCACCUUUAAAUUACACGAGACUUACGAGAACUCCGUCCGACUGUUGGAGAAACCACCGUAUCAGGUGACCGAGACCGGCUGGGGUGAGUUUGAAGUUAUCAUCAAGUUACAUUUCCAUCCCGGAGCGGAGUUAGGUAUAAAUGAAAAGAAUUUUCAAAUCUUCCAUGCUCUUAAACUUCACCCUUUCAAUCCUCUAAUCGAGCCUUUGCCCAAUGGAGAGGUUCAUCUGGUGCUUUACGAUGAACUUGUGUUCCAAGAACCUACCGAGAAGGUGUUUGAGAUCUUGACGCAGAAACCUUCUAAUCUCAUACCAUACAAGCUCAGCGAGAAGUCCAAACGAUUUCAAGAGUUUACGAGGAUGGACGAGAUUGACGAGUUGGCUCGUCUUGAUGUUUACAUAGCGAAGGUGAAGGAAGAAGUUGAGAAGGAGGGGAAUGAAUUUCAAGAGCUUGAACUGCAGAAAGCAGCCCUUCUUCAACAGUAA